GAUAAGUUUAGCUGAAAUUUUAUUCUGGGCGGUAGUGAUAUAUAAUUAGCCGAAAGAUUUUUUUUUUUAAAAAAUGGAGGCUCUCAUACCCGUAGUAAAUAAAUUACAAGAUGUCUUUAAUACGGUUGGAUCUGAUUCAAUUCAAUUACCACAAAUUGUUGUUAUUGGAAGUCAGAGCUCUGGAAAAAGUUCUGUUAUAGAAAGUUUAGUAGGACGUUCAUUUUUACCCCGUGGUACUGGAAUUGUGACACGUCGACCGUUAGUAUUGCAAUUGAGUUACUGUCCUUUUGAUGAUAAAGAGCAACGACUCCCAGAAAAUGGAACUGUUAAUGUUGAAGAAUGGGGCAAAUUUCUACAUUCAAAAAAAAUUUAUACAGAUUUCAAUGAAAUUCGAAAAGAAAUUGAAUAUGAGACUGAUAGAAUAGCAGGUAGCAACAAAGGAAUCUGCCCAGAACCCAUAAAUUUAAAAAUAUACUCAACACGAGUUGUAAACUUAACUUUAGUUGAUUUACCAGGGCUAACUAAGGUUCCAGUUGGCGAUCAACCAGACGAUAUUGAAAACCAAAUUAAAGAUUUAAUAUUCAAAUACAUUGAAAAUCCAAACUCUAUAAUUUUGGCUGUUACCGCAGCAAACAAUGAUAUGGCCACUAGCGAGAGCUUGAAACUAGCCAAAGAUGUCGAUCCUGAUGGACGGCGAACCCUAGCUGUGGUUACAAAGUUAGAUUUGAUGGACGCUGGAACUGAUGCUAUAGAUAUUUUAUGUGGUCGUGUUAUUCCUGUUAAGUUGGGAAUUAUAGGUGUUAUGAAUAGGUCACAACAAGAUAUUAUUGAUAAAAAAGAUAUUGAUGAACAAUUAAAAGAUGAAGCGGCGUUCUUACAAAGAAAAUAUCCAACCUUGGCUACACGCAAUGGCACCCCUUAUUUGGCAAAAACAUUGAACCGGCUUUUAAUGCAUCAUAUUAGAGAUUGUUUGCCUGACCUCAAAACUAGAGUUAAUGUGAUGGUUUCACAAUUUCAAUCAUUGUUGCAUUCUUAUGGCGAGGAUGUUACCGACAAAAGUCAAACGCUAUUACAAAUAAUUACAAAAUUUGCUAGUGCAUACUGUUCAACAAUUGAAGGAACGGCACGAAACAUCGAAACAACAGAAUUAUGUGGUGGGGCUCGAAUAUGUUAUAUAUUUCAUGAGACGUUUGGUCGAACUUUAGAUUCAAUCCACCCACUAACGGGUCUUUCCAAAAUGGAUAUAUUAACGGCAAUUAGAAAUGCAACAGGUCCAAGACCAGCUCUAUUCGUACCAGAAGUUUCUUUUGAGUUGUUAGUCAAAAGACAAAUUAGACGUUUAGAAGAACCAUCUUUAAGAUGUGUUGAAUUAAUUCACGAAGAAAUGCAACGUAUUAUACAGCAUUGCGGAAAUGAAGUACAGCAGGAAAUGUUGAGAUUCCCAAAAUUACAUGAAAAAAUUGUUGAUGUUGUGACACAAUUACUAAGGCGACGUUUGCCUGCAACUAAUUCGAUGGUUGAAAAUUUAGUUGCGAUAGAGCUGGCGUAUAUAAAUACAAAACAUCCAGAUUUUCACAAAGAAGCAACUUUGGUACCCAGUUUAUUAAAAACCGAUAUUAUUGAAUCUUGGUCGCAAUCUAACACGCGAAGAAAUGCAUCAAAUCAACAGCAAAGAACAGCCCCUGUCACAACGGCAGGGAAUCAAGGAGAAACGGAUCGUUUAGAAAACCAUGUUAAUGCUGCAGAGCCUACACAAAACAGUUGGUUAUCAAAUAUUCUACCUCCGGCAGUUGAUAUCGGCACAGAGAAUACGACGAAUAAUACUCCUGUUCAUAAUAUCGUUAAUACUCCUUCGAAACCCAUAAACCUACUACCAGAUGUUCCAGUAAAUUCAAAUGCAAGAAAGCUUACGGAUAAAGAACAAAAAGAUUGUGAUGUCAUUGAACGACUUAUCAAAUCUUACUUCUACAUUGUACGCAAAUCUAUUCAAGAUUCAGUACCCAAGGCAAUUAUGCACUUUUUAGUUAAUUUUGUUAAGGAUAAUUUACAAAGCGAAUUAGUCACACAUUUAUACAAAUCUGAAAAGGAGGAGUUGUUAAAUGAAUCAGAUCAUAUAGCAAUUAGAAGGAAAGAAGCGGCAGAUAUGCUUAAAGCAUUAACACGCGCCAAUCAUAUUAUAAGUGAGAUUCGUGAAACUCACAUGUGGUAAUAACCAAUAUAAGUAUGUAUGUAUACAUAAUUAAACAGUUUUCUAUUUAUAAACGUUAAUUCACAAGGUGCAGUAUUGUUUAAGAGAUAAUUUGUAAUUAAAAUGUCUUAAUUAAUAUUAUCCGUUUUUUUUAUUGUUUUGAACGUUAGCGUAGGUUUUGUUAACAUUAACUGCACUUCAAUUGAAAUUACUAUAACGUUCGGUUUUAAAAAAACUAGAAAAAUUUUAUUUAAACAUUAACUAUUAUACUGCAAAAUGUCAACAUAGUUAUUAUACUGCAAAAUGUAAAAAUAAAAGCUUUUACUAUAGACGUAAGCAUUUUUAUUUUUAGGACUUUACAUCUGGAGCAUUCGCAAUGUUACUUCUUUCAGAUUGUUAUAAAAAGUUGAAAAGAUUUUUUAGGCAAAAGGUAGUUUGAUCAAAAUCCUUAACAAGAAAACGCAAUUACCAAAUUUAUAGUGUAUUA